CUCAGGGGUGGACUGACCAUUUGGAAACUCGGGCACUGCCCGAGGGCCCGGGGUCAGUAGGGGGCCCCAUGAGAUGCCCCUGGUACCUUUUUCAUAGGCUUUUUUGAGUUUGGGCAAGGACACAGCGGCCCCAUGAUCCCCUAUUGCCCGGGAGCCCCAUGAGUUGUCAGUCCGCCCCUGGUUCAACUUGCCUCCUCAUCAAUGCCCACCAGUGCCGCCUCAUCAGUGUAGCCUAUCAAUGCCCAUUACUGCUGCCUAUCAGU